AUGUUUAAAAUUCCAAAUCUUGCUGAUGUCAUCAAGACUUUUGUUGAUGGUGAUAGUAAAUAUCCAUCUGUGGAAUUAACCAAUUUUUAUACAAAUACAAUUGAUCUCAUUCAUUCAUUUUUAAUCAAACACAAUUGCUUAUCGAAAACACGUUCGAAUUAUUUUCAAUCUGUCUUUGCUCUAAUGAAAAUUGUUUAUGUCGAUCGAAUUCAUUUCUCGUAUUCGUACAAUAACAAUACAAGACGAACAUCAACAUUAUCGAAAACACAUUCGACCUAUAUUGGUGAGCCAGUUGCGAAAUUUUUUAUUUUAUCAACAAUUGAGAAACCUGAAAAAAAUAUUAAUACAAUGGUAAAUUAUUUAAUUGAAAGUGAAUCAAUGCGUCCCAAGCUUGCAGAAUUUAUUAAGAAUCUGUAUAAAACAUAUCAACAAAAAGGAGAAGAAGGACUAGGAAGUUUACGACAAAGCUUUCCCUCACAAGCAGACUGUCAAAUGGAUCAUGCCUUCGAUUGUCAAUGA